UUUUACACAAUUUAUUUUCAAAGAAGUGCUAUAAAGUCAACUUGUAGAUUCUCCCGUAAACAAAAAAGUUAUAGAAAUGAAUAAAAUAAUAUUAGAAAGAGUUAUAUUAAGAAAGUGUAUUUUAAAUACAUCAUUAGUUGUGACACAACAUCCACAGAACUAUAAUAAUCAUAAUGGACUAGUUGGUAUGAGAAAUCAUCAGCAAAUAAGAAAUUAUUCUCCAGGUAUUUGGGAUUCAAUUUCGCAAAGCGCACCGGUGAAUUAUCUUCAAGAAAUUACUAUUAAACUACAUGAUACUUGUGGACUUCCAUGGUGGUCUACAAUAAUUCUAUCAACGAUUAUAUUAAGAGGAGCUAUUACUUUUCCAUUGGCUCUAUAUCAAAACAAAAUAUUAGCUAAAGUUGAAAAGCUUUCAACAGAGGACAUGCCAAAAAUUGCAAAAGAGCUCAAGUUCGAAACAGCAGUUGCUGUCAAAAAAUUUAAAUGGACAGAGCAGCAGGCAAGAGUUAUGUAUUUAAAGUCCUUAAAUAAGCAAUGGAAGCAAUUGAUUGUCAAAGAAAACUGUCAUCCGAUGAAAAGUGCAGUCGUUCUUAUUGUUCAAUUGCCGCUAUGGAUUUGCCAAUCAAUGGCACUUAGAAAUUUAAUAUUUAUGCAACCAGAUCCUUCGCUUUUAAAGGCACAAAUAGUUUGUGCAGAAAUGACUUUAGGUGGAUUCAGCUGGAUUCCAAACUUAACAGAAGUAGAUCAUUCAUACAUUUUACCAGUCACAUUAGGAGUUUUGAACUUGGCAAUUUUAGAGAUUCAAGUCAUGAGCAGGAAAAUUCAAACGAGUGGUAAACUCCAAAAAUAUGGGCAAUAUUUCUUUAGAGGAGUUAGCAUUUUGAUGAUACCUAUUGCUGCAUUCGUACCUUCUGGUCUUGCAUUAUACUGGGUCGCAUCAAGUUCAUUUGGGUUAAUACAAAACUUACUCAUUUUACAUCCAAAAAUAAGACGCUUAGCAAGAAUACCCAUAGUAAAUAGUGAACAUGAGCGGCCUUAUAAGCAUAUAGUCGAAAAAAUUAGAGAAAGAAUGAAGAAAUGAUAAUUUGUUAAAAUGAUAAAUAUUAAUAAAAUA